AAGUAAGCACAUAUUCCAAUCACCAUGCUAGAGGAUUUGCACAUAUUAUAUUCUCCAUUACAGUAAUUUAAUUUUUCUCUAUAAGGAGUGCCUUGGUCUUCUAAUCCAUUGCCUAUUUGCCUUACACUCCUUAAGUUGAUUUUAAUAACAAUGGCUGUCUUGUUUAGAGCACGUCCAACUCGUCCUAGCACUCUCGAUUUUAUCAUCGUACUUGUGUCCAUAUUCGUAUUUUCUCUCUUCAACAUUUGCGAUGCCGGAAGAUUCCUAGAGAGAUUUAAAUUAAUGACAGGAUUGAAAUUUUCAUACUAUCAAAAUCCAGAGUCUGAUACAUUUGACCUACCAACACUUGAUGCAUAUGAUGAUUCAUGGUUAGCACCUUCACCCUUAGCUCCAACUCCCACAAAUUUAAUAUUCAACCCACCAGACAACUCCCCUAGUCCAAGCCCAUACGCAGCUCCUCCGAUGUCGGGACCGCCUGUUAGCGAGGCCAGCCCAACUCCCGGCGGUCCGGUCGUGCUGCACCCUGGGCCUUCUCAGCUCUCAUUACAGCCCGCUGGGCCUCCAAAACACGGUUGGGGCCAACCGGGCCAUGAAUACGCGGUUUGGUGUGUUGCUAGGCCCACAGUGCCUGAGACCAUGCUCCAAAGGGCCAUGGACUAUGCUUGUGGAAAUGGGGCUGAUUGUGGGUCAGUUCAGCCCAAUGGGCCUUGCUUUGUGCCCAACAAUUUGGUGGCCCAUGCUUCAUAUGCUUUUAAUAGUUAUUGGCAAAGGGUUAAGAUUGCUGGUGGCACUUGUGAUUUUGGUGGCACUGCUAUGCUAAUUACUGUUGAUCCAAGUUUUAAUGCAUGUCAUUUCAUAUAUAAUUGAUCGAUAGUUGAUGACAAGGUCCGAUACUUUCAUAUGUACUCAAGUAUUUUUAUUACAAAAGUAUUUUCCUAGCACUUGAAUUUAGUUUUUGUGUGACGAUAUAAAGUAUGUAAACGUAAUAUAAUUUACUGUUUUGUAACUUUACGGUCAUCCUUUUAGCGAGUGAUGGAAGUAUUUGUACAUGAGAAAUAAAAUAAUAGAUUUAACGAUACAAAUUAUAUGAGUCAAAUCAAAUAAAAUUAUA